GUUGCCUUAUUUCGACCCCAUUCCAUAAUUGUUCUUGUUUGCACCAGAAACAGUGUAAAAUCUUCCGUGAUUGGAUGAAUUGGUUCCACACACACACACACACACACACUCUCUCUCUCUCUCUCUCUCUCUCUCUCUGCUCUCUCUCUCUUCCAUUGUCUCCUCAACACACAGAUUCGAAAACACUCAUUACAUAUAUACUCUCAGCUGACUCUCAAAGUCUCAUUUGACUCCGAUAUAGCUGACAUGUAUCGUCCAAACAGAGCCAAAUCAAAGGAUAGCCUGAGCUCGUUCUCUCUCCUCUGUACCAAUCGAUUCGAAAUACCGAAGACCCAUAUCGAAAUUGCGGUAACCCAUUUCAUCUGAGUUUCAGUUUCUGUUACUUGAGCUCGAAAUCUGUCGUUUUUUGGUGGUCUGAACUGAUUAUUUCUGGCUUUUAAUUGGUUUUAUUAGAGAAAAGAUUAAUGGUUUUGUUUUUUUUUUUUUUGUAUUUUUUAAAUUAUACUUUGAUUUGUAUAUAAUAGAGUUUGGCAGUUCAGUGUAGAUCAAGAACUUCACUACGAGUUCAUAGAUUCAAUAAACAUUGUUAAGAUUGCUAAAGAAAGUUGCAAUUUUGAUUUGGGUUCAUAGCAAAAAGUUGUGAUCUUGAGUUUUUGGGUUGAAGAGUUGAAGUUGGAAGUGGAAUUUGGGUAUGAAAAUGGCUUAUUUAUGACUUGGGAAUGAAUCAUUUUUGUAAUGUGUUCUUUGAAGCACUACAUAUUUAUAAUUGGCUUUGAGGUGUUUUCGAUUUUAAUAAAAUAGUGUUUCAUUAUAAUGGCUGAGGUGUUAUAGAUUAAUAUGUUAUCUGCAGUAAAUGUGAUAUUGGAUGCUCUCUGUAAGAAAAUUGAGUCCACAGAAGUUCAGAUUGCAUUGGAUUUGUUUUCAUGGCUUCUAUAAGAAGAACAUUGUCUCCAGUGCCUCGCCCCGGACCUUUACUAAAUGGGGAAGCCUGUUCGGUUGCUUCUCCCUUGUCCAGGUCUUCUUCUUCAUGUACCCAGAACCACCCAACAUCAGGUGGGAUUACACAUUCUCAUUUUGGUUUUUUGGAUUAUGCAUUUUACAGAAUUCAAGCUUUUGUACUUGGUCUUUUCUCACAAAGAUUUUCUCGCCCCCUAGAGAGGUCAAAACCGAAGGGACUAGUUUGGAUAAGGGCUCUUUUCCAUUUCCUCAUAUGUUUCAUGGUUGGGGUUUUUGCUGGACUUACUCCAUUUCUUUCUAUGAAUUUAUCCACAAGUCUUAUGUCCAAACAUCAGGCUUUCUCAUUCGAGGUGUCUCCCUCUGCUGGGGAAAUUCCAUUGUAUAAUGUUAGUCAUGUUAUGCAAAGAAAUGUGACACCUCUAGUAGACAGUUGGGCUAUGAAUUAUAAUGCUACAUCAGAGCCAUAUGCACUGAAUUGGGAAAAACCAAGUUGGAUACCUGAUGGUAGUGAGACCUCUUUUAACCAGUCAAGCAAUCAAGAUUCAGAUAUGGUGUUCCAUAAGCUUUUGAUCAUUGUGACCCCAACACAUGGUCGACCAUUUCAAGCCUAUUAUCUGAAUCGUUUGGCACAGACAUUAAAAUUGGUCCCAACUCCGUUGUUAUGGAUCGUGGUGGAGAUGGCCUCUGACUCUUCAGAAACAGCUGACAUAUUGAGGAGAACUGGUGUUAUGUUCAGGCAUCUUGUGUGCAAUAAGAACUUAACUGACACACAAGAUAGAGGUGUCCACCAAAGAAAUGUGGCGCUGUCCCACAUAGAAACACACCGCCUAAAUGGAAUUGUUUACUUCGCAGAUGAUGACAACAUCUACUCCAUUGAUCUCUUUGAGCAGAUGAGGCAGAUCAGACGGUUAGGGACAUGGAUGGUGGCCAAACUACUAGAGAACAAAAGUGAAACCAUCGUGGAGGGUCCAAUCUGUAAUGGGACUCAAGUUCUUGGAUGGCACACAAAUGAAGUGACUAGAAGAUUCCGGAGGUUUCAUGCCGAAAUGUCAGGGUUCGCAUUCAAUAGUACCAUACUAUGGGAUCCAAAGAGUUGGCGCAGACCCACUCUUGAACCUAUUCGGCAGUUCGACACAGUCAAAGAAGGCUGGAAAGCGAGCACAUUUAUUGAACAAAUUGUAGAGGAUGAAAGCCAAAUGGAAGGCUUAAUGCAGAACUGCUCAAGGAUCAUGGUUUGGCACCUUCAUAGGGAUAUAUCAUAUGCCUACCCUCAGGAAUGGUUUAUGAAGAAUAAUCUAGAUGUCAUUACUCAACUUGCAUAAAAAUUUUGAUGUGAUCAAGAAUUCCAUCUCGAAAUGAUGAAGGAAGGUUUGGUCGACAAUCACCGGUCAUCUGGCUACCAAUUUUUUUACCUUCAGUUCAGAUGCCGGCUUAGGGUGCCAAUGUGACAUGUCUUGAUUAUGGUUUUUUCCUCCUUGUUCUAGUAGUGGGUGUAUAUGGUGAUAUUUCUUUUCCAUUCUAGUCCUUUUUCAUUUGAUAUUUUGUUUAUUUUUUCUUCAAGGCUAGAAAUUUCUUAUCCAGCUUUUGGUGUUGGAUGCUAUCUGCAAAGAAGCAAAGUUUGCAUCCAACUUUUUAGAAUGAUUGGGAUAUUGCAAUACCAUUAUGUUGCUCUAAGAGAUGUAUGACUACAACUAUUUAUUUUCUUUUUCUUUUCUGUACUUCAUAUAUUCCUUGUGUAUAAAUGUGGGGAAUUUUCAACACA